AUGACAACUACCGAAAUAGAGACCCUGAGACUCGACAGCACAACCAGCAACUCAGCUGAUCAGAGAAAGUACGUGUAUUUGGCAGGAGUUGGAGUAACUCAUUCGAUUGGUAUUCAUCUGCAUAAUUAUGUUGCAAAGUCUCUCGGCUUACCAUGGACUUUCAUCAACCAAGAAUGUCCCACGGUUGAGGACGUCAUGGCUUAUUUCCGCGCGCCAACUUUCGCUGGAGGUGUGGUCACGAUGCCAUACAAGAAAAGUAUAAUGCCAUUUCUGGACGAGCUCGAUCCUUUAGCUAUUACUCUUGGAGCUUGCAACAAUGUGUAUCUGACGAAGGAAGGAAAAUUACGAGGUACGAAUACAGACUGGCGGGGAAUCAAAGGUUGUCUGCUUUCUGGGACUUUGACUGGCACAAAUGAAGGCAAAGGAAAGCCUGCUCUGGUGAUUGGUGCUGGUGGUGCUUCGAGAGCUGCUGUUUAUGCUUUAUUCACAGAACUCGAAUGUGGAGAAAUCUACGUUGUGAAUAGAGACGCAAAAGAGGUGGAAGAUUUGCUUGAAGAUUCAAAGGCCUAUGCUUCUGGACGACAGCCGAAACUACGACAUGUCAAUUCUGUCGCAGAUGCAGAAGGACUGCAAAGCCCGUUUUACAUUGUUGGGACGGUACCCGAUUUUGAAGCACGAACGGAAGAGGAAUUGAAAGCUAGAGCGGUCUUGGCGACAUUUCUACAGAAGGAAGAAAAGGGAGUCCUUUUGGACAUGUGUUUCAAACCUAGAAACACACGGAUACUGCAAAUGGGAAAGAAACAUGGGUGGAGAACGGUUGAGGGAACAGAUGUGAUAGGUUUUCAACAGGAAGAGCAAUGGAGACUAUGGGCUGGUGCUGGUGAGAACGGCAGGAAAGCUGUGCCUAUGGAUGAGGUAUGGCAGAUCUCCAGAAAGGCGGCCGAAGAAAGUCUUGCUAUCAAUUUCUGA